AUGGCCUCAUCGAGACUUCUGGCACUCCCUGCCGAGUUGCGCAACGAGAUCUUUGAGCUGGCCUUUACCACCGAUAACCACGAGGACUCGAUCGACCUGUGCCGCGCAAUACACCCAUCAAAGUCACUGCUCCUGACAUGCCACCAAGUGCACGCAGAGGCAUUGCAGAUCUACCAGGACGCAUACCGCAAGUACUGGUCCGAGAAUACCUUCACCAUCAAGCUCAACAACAAGCACGACUUUGCUCGUGCCAAGGAGCGAGUUACUAUCCUGAAGGAAGACGAUCUGCAAGACAUUCAAGCUCUCACUAUAACAACAAGCACCCUCAGAGGUAGAGAGCAAAUUACCUGGACCGCGACACUGGUCGACUCUCGAGGGGCGUGGUUGUGUACAGCCACAUCGCCAUCAACCGUUCUUCGUAGAGACCAUCAAGUCUACAGACGUCUCACUCCGACUGGCACGGAUCACUGGCAGACUGGGGUGCGGAGUACCGAAGCUCGUGGCUCCAGUGACGAGGCACAAGUCCAAGCCGGCGUCAAGAAACUCGAAUCAGCUGAUAUCAAGCUGGCCACGAUGGUUGAGCAGAUAACAUAUACUCUCGUUGUGUACGAGUACUGUUUUGGUCUGACAGUAUAG